AUGGCGGCAGCACCAACAGCAAAUUGCAUCGCCUCUUUGCAGAAGGAUCUCGCUGCGAGAAUCGACGAGCAGAACAACGCCGGAGAGACGGACAUUCCCACCGCCAAAGACGCCACCAAAAGCGCCCUCUUUAGUUUGUUAGAAGCCGUUUCCGCUGCUCCCAAAGAUGAUCUACCAGUACAAGUCCGCCAGCAAGUGGACGACUUCUUGAUGGCCAAUGCCACCAUUUUGAAAUGGCCCUUGUUGCGUUCCUUGUCUUGGCCGAAGCAUUAUCGCGCCUUUCUGGGUCUCCCCAAGACCAUGGAACAAACCCGACGGUUCUUAACCACAGUGAGUAGCGCCAAGCUGCAAGACAUUUUGGUCCACAAUCUGGACCUCUCGGAAGUUGCAGUUGGCUCUCAACAAGACCUGGUUUGGAUGCAAGACGUCUUGCAGCAACUGACGGGCGAUGGUCGACGCAAAAAGGAACUCGGGGGUUUUGUACUGCUCGACAAGAAUGCGGUUCGUGCGGCAAUUAACAAAGCAAAGAGUCGUCAAAAGGAGUUGCAAAAACUAAAAGAGCAAGCAGAUACAACGGCAAAAGCUACCAAAGUCGCAAAGCCAGUCCACUACGAAAUGGAACGAGACGUUCGACUAGUGGACCAAGAGCGCCAAACAGCGCGAGCAAGCGAUUUGAGCUCUUUGGUCGAUGCUGCUCUUGAAAAGAAGCAACAGUCCAAAUAAUAAGAAGGUGAUGGUGGGGCAGCGAUCACCCGUACAGACAGUACAAGCAACAAUCUGAAAUGAGGGUGGUCUUAGAAUAGUGUAUACAGUGUCCAUUGGAGGCGACCCAUGGCAUGCAACAUCUUGCAGCCAUCCCAAACAGACGACCUUCAAUUCAUAUGCAACAAGCGAAUACACCGUGGUCUUCCUUCGCCCGCUUCCAUUCCGUUUUGGAUGACUUUCAGAACGAAGACUAUUCUACAAUCUUAAAUACAACAACCAAACAUAGAAUACAACCAAACAUAGACAUAAAACAAUAACACAUAAAAUACAAU